GCGGCCGACUGUCUUGUGCGUGCUCGCUGGGUUCCCUUCUCUCAGUUUCCUCGAGAAAUUGGUCCGAACGCCAGUUGUCCGGGCUUUGAUAUUGUUCUGCAUCCUCUUCAACCCUCGGCUCCGAAAAAAGCCCCCACACCCACCCCUCCGCCAGUGCGGGCGGUGUCAGUUGGGAUUGCAUCCUCAUCUCGGGCCCGCUCCUGCUCCUCUCAGUUUCCCGGGCCCUUACCAGAUCUCUAACGGAUUUUUACACGCUGUUCGUCUUCGUCCCGCUCGAAUUUUGAAUUCCACCCUCCUCUCCGUCAGUUUCGUCUUCAACGCCGGACGUGUCUAUACUCUUCCUCGCGAGUUUGAACGAAAGUUCGCGUGUGAUUUCGAACAGUUGACUCAUUCGAAGUUAUCGCCGCGCGCUCUUUUUUUGCUAUCUGCGCUGCGCGAGUGUUGUGUUCCGGGCCUGCGUUUUUCGAGGCGUUCUCGCGAUUUUUAUGUUUACAAACAGUGUCGACGGAUCUCGCGGUGCUCGCAGUCCUCUGUGUUGUUUUGGUGCGGUAUUUCAAUAGCAGUCUGCCUCUCUACAGUGCGGGUUUCACUCUCUGCUCGACGUCACGUCGAGUUUGUUCCGUCUUGUGCUUUUUUUGAGGAUAUGGUUUUAGAGCUGAACUCUUCGCCGUAAAAUUACAUGACGGCACUGUUUUGAAGUCGUUUUUUGGGAGUCAAUUUGGGGACCUCCAUGGAGGCUCUUUGGUCGGAAAUGUGUGUUUGUUUACGUAAGCCGUUCAGACUUUAUCAUAUCGGUGUGGAAUAGCUGAUUUGGAUUAACGUUUUAACAUCUGUCUCUUGGUUACAUACUUAGAUGCCAACCUCUCUACCAGGGAAGAUGGAUGUGCCAAGGGUGGCGCUGUUGAGCUGCUGGCUCUGUUGUCUCCUGGCGGGAUAUCCGGGAUCCGGUGUCGCGAGCGCGGUCGCCACGGCUCCUCCUCCGAGGAUGACAUCACCUCCUUCACUUCCCGCGUCCUCCGCCGAAAGCACCCUCCCCCCCGCCACCGCCACCGCCGACCCGACUCCUCCUGUUCCGGUCACCAUCAACGCAACCAUCGGAUUCCUAAUUGAUCUGCAUCGUUCGGAUGAUUCGGAUCACGUUUGUGGUAAACUCAACCUCAUGGCUGUUCAACAACUUCUUGCAGCAGAAUGGGCCGUUUCGGUCGUCAAUAAGCAAACUAGACCGGUUCCUGUUAAAAUGAGUAUGCAAAUCUAUGAUACAUGCAGCAAUGAAGACGUCGCUAUCCAAGACAUUUUCCUAGCAAUGAAGUCAGUCGCACAAAACAAGUCGCAGUUCCUCGGGUUAAUUGGAGUUGGAGAUGCGGAAAUCGUGAGCGAGACGGUUCUAACUCUCCAUGCGUUCAAGGUCCCGUUAAUUCUGGCAUCUCCGAAAUUGGCCGAGAUGGUGAAACAGAAAGGGAACAUCUUAACAACUGCACCCGAUCUAAGUAGUGUCACCCGGCCAAUUGCAUCGUUUGCGGCUGAACUGGACCUGAAAGAAAUCAACCUGAUCACCUCAUGCCAACACACUGUAAAAAUGUUCAAAAAUGCAUUGACGACUUACAACAUCGAGAGUCGUCGAAUUUUGAAACUCGUGAAAAGAUCAAACAAAAUAGGAGAGAUGAUCAAAGACUUUUUGGAUGAACUGGAUACAGGGGAAGCAGUCGCUAUUAUCUUGGAACCAGAAGAAAUAGAAAUUUUCGUCAAUUUUAUGAAUGGUCAACGAACCAAGAAAGUUACCUUAAUAACAGGGAGCAUCGGGUUGAAUAAAGACCUGUUGAAACUAUGGAAAAACGUGUUUGCGGAUAGUUACUUUGUCGAGCCGCAUAUGCCAGAACUACCCGAAUUUCACGAUUUCGUCUUCAAAAAAUUACAGGACGCCAAGGUCUCGAAGAAGAACUCGGUUUUAAGGGAUUACUUAUCCGCUGUCCACAACUGUUCCUGGGAAGAUAGCUGCAAAUCUCUUACAGCGGUGGAAAUUGCGAGUCAUCUGCUGAUAAAUCCUGAGGUGAAUUUCGUCGUGAAAGCUGUAUCUGCCUUUUCUGCAGCACUCUACGUAGCUCUGAGGAAACGUUGCGAUGAAAGUAACACUGUCUGCAACAUGAGCAACACGUUACACGAAGAUAUUCUGCGUGCAUUGUCGCAUCUAAGUCUCGGGCCGGCCAACAGCACUGGACCGUUCCAGCUACCGGGGACUUCCAUCAAACUGACCCACGAUGGACAUUUGAUCUCGAAUCGAUUCGUAUUUUUGCGUGUUGGCAGUAUCGGAGAUCUUACAGCGAUCGGUUGGUACUCGGACGACUCCGGCCCGAACCUAAACCGGAUGGCGAUGAGCAACCUCACUCUCCGUCGACACUCCACCUCGGAGAAGAAAGGCCGCGGCCUGGACGAUAGCUCCUUCCUCCGACUCUCCCUCUCGGACCUCUUCUCGCCGAAACCGUGGAUCUCAUCUUCGGACGGCGACGUCAACGUCACGCCCAUCGCGUUCCACUUCCAGUCCCGAACCUGGGUCCUGGUCAUGAUCUCCCUGGCCAGCCUCGGCAUCCUCUUCACCAUCUUCAUCUUCUUCUACGUUCUCAUCAAGCUCUGCGACAAGACCAUCGUCGGCAACCAGUCCUUCGGCAUACUCUUACUCAUCGGCAUAGCCAUCACCUACGGUAGCGUCAUACUCUUCAUCCUCCCCGCCUCCGAGCUACGGUGCUCCCUACGGCUCUUCGUAUACCCCCUAUCCCUCAGCUUAUGCUUCGGUAUACUCAUCGUCAAACUAAUGCAGCUCAAGACUUUGGUCCUUCUAGGGUUGGGCGGUAGGAUCUCCUACUUGAACCAGUACUUAAUUCUCUUCUUCAUCGUCUUAGUGCAGUUUGUAAUAUCCAUCCAAUGGUUCAUGGAUAACGGGCCACAUCUACGGGCCGAUAGUGAGAAGUCUGCAUCCUGCUAUGCCUCCGAAAGGGACUUCCUUAUUUUGCACACGUAUAUCAUGAUCCUUGCUGGCUUAGCAUUCCUCUACGGGCUUACCAUUUUGAAAAUAAGGCGGAACUACAAAGAGGGUCGUUGGAUUACCCUGGCGGCCUUUUUGAGUCUUCUCGUGAUGUCUGAAUGGACAGCGAUUCGGUACUUCGGGUCUCCACACGUGCAAGAGCCUGUAGUUUGUAUAUCCUUAAUCAUUCUUCCGUCCAUCCUCCUUCUCACUAUCUUCAUCCCUAAGAUAAGUACUAUUUCCAAACAAAGCUCGUACUUAAAGAACAAGAAGAAGAAUGCGAAAUCUUCCGCCACUGUUUUCACGACUUUCUCUGAGAUUUCCUCUCAACCUAAGAAAGAAACUCAAUGGGCGCAGAUUGACUACAGCGGCACCAUGUCCAAGAAUCCUCUUUACGAACCAGACUCGAGUGCUUAUAUUUAAAACUCCGGUACUUAUCUGGGUAUUUUUUUUACCGUUAAUCUAAGAAAACGUAACAACGUAUUACUCGGUGGUACUAAAUUAUUAUACCCGGUGAAAUAUGAAUUAUUUUUAGUGUUCGCAGACUGAUUUAAUUAAUGUAGUAUCAUACCCAUAAAAAGUCUGUGGAAAAAAUGAGACUGUUUUGUAAUUUUGAUAAUGUUAGAGAAUACUUGGUAGUGAACAUAAUAGUGACAACUAUCGCUUUGCAGUUUGUGCUGUUUGUCUGUGCAAAGAGGAUGCGUAGAUGAUUUCUAUCCAUUAUUGUACGCAAAAAAGAGAAAAAUAAUAGGAGAAAAAUGAGAGGAAGAGGGUCCGAUCUUUUCACUUCAGCGUCAUGUGAAGGAAAGCCUCUCAACAGAAGUAUGUGGAGAUUUUUUAUUAAAAUCCAAACCCUCUUUUGAAUGUAAUUGAAAUCACGCCUUUGUAAAAAGCAAAGCUAAAAACUCUUAGAGUAUUUAUUUUUGAAAUUCAGUGUAUCAAUCAAAAAAAUUUAAAGAUCUAGAUAAAACUUAAUUUUUUAAAUAUAAAUAGAGAUAGGCAGGUAAAGAAAAACAACACUUUCACGCUUUCUGUGGAUAGUUGUUGUGAUGUAAAAAGAAGAAGACUUUGCCAAAAAUUAACAUAAAGCGGGUGCAGAAUUCCUCUUGUAUGACUUUUCAUGAGUAUGAAUUGAUUGAUCCAUCGGAGAUGAGUUUCAUUGAUUUUCAUCCAAUUCAUACUCACUAACACUGUUCAAGUCAGAGGAAAGGAAGUCAGUAGAAUAAGUAUCUUGUAAGAUUUACUAAUUGUUCGUCUUAAAGCAUAUGUUUUAAAGUUUCAUUUUUUAAUUUGUAUAAAGAAUGAUGAUUCGUGUUGUUUUAUUGUUUUGUAACUUUGUAUUAUUUUUUCUAUCUUGAAGUAAAUUAUAUCCAAAGAUCUUAUUUCUUUAACUGAAUGCAUGAGUUAAAUGUGAUUGUAAAAAAUGAAUAAUAUGACUUUUACUGAGUGGUUAA